AGCAGCGAGCCGCCUCGCGGAGGAGGGAGAGGGACGUGGGGGCGACCACGGCAGGGUUAAUCUCCAUUUCAGCUAAUCAUGGGAGAGAUUAAAGUCUCUCCCGAUUACAACUGGUUUAGAAGCACAGUUCCCCUUAAAAAGUUACAGUAUCCAGUAUAUUGGGAUCAUCUUGAAUUCUGUGAUGGAUUCAGAAAACUUCUAGACCAUUUGCAGUUGGAUAAGGUUCAUCUUUUUGGGGCUUCUUUGGGAGGCUUUUUGGCCCAGAAAUUUGCUGAAUACACUCACAAGUCUCCUAGAGUCCAUUCCCUCAUCCUCUGCAAUUCCUUCAGUGACACCUCCAUCUUCAACCAAACUUGGACUGCAAACAGCUUUUGGCUGAUGCCGGCAUUUAUGCUCAAAAAAAUCGUUCUUGGAAACUUCUCAUCUGGCCCAGUGGACCCCAUGAUGGCCGAUGCCAUUGAUUUCAUGGUAGACAGGCUGGAAAGUUUGGGUCAGAGUGAGCUGGCUUCAAGACUUACCCUGAACUGUCAAAAUUCCUAUGUGGAACCUCAUAAAAUCCGGGACAUCCCUGUAACCAUUAUGGAUGUAUUUGACCAGAGUGCACUUUCAACCGAAGCUAAAGAAGAAAUGUAUAAACUGUACCCUAAUGCCCGGCGAGCUCACCUUAAAACAGGAGGCAAUUUCCCGUACCUGUGCAGAAGUGCAGAGGUGAAUCUGUAUGUGCAGAUCCAUUUGCUACAAUUCCAUGGAACCAAAUACGCAGCUAUUGAUCCGUCCAUGGUCAGUGCCGAGGAGCUGGAGGUGCAGAAAGGCAGCCUCGGCAUCAGCCAGGAGGAGCAGUAGCCGCGACGCCCGCUGCCAGCCUCGACAGACCCAGCGCCCGUCGCCGCCUCCAGCCCUCCCGCAGGCGCGGCAGGCUCACCGGUUCUCACUGUGUUUUGGAAGCAGGACUGAUUGUCACCUCAGACAGGUGGCAGCUCUUCUAAGCCAGUGUAACUAUUCCCUCUUCAGAUUUCUUUUUUUUUUCCAGCUUUUGAAGACAGACUUUUGAAGACUCCCAUUUUAAGAAUUGUGAAAAUUUUGCUACCAAAAGUCUUCACCACUGUGUUCUCAAGUGAAUGUUCAUUUCCAAGGUUUGGGAUUUUGUGGGGGUUUUUUCCCCUUCUCUUUUUCUUUCUUUCCUUUUCCUCCCUCCUUUCUGCGGCAUCUGCUGUAAAUGCCACACCUCCAGACUGCGUGUCAGGACCCUGUUAUUUUUAUGCUUUCUUGGGUGGAAUCAUCAGAGUGCCAAGGCCCACACCGACUGUUGCUCUCUUGCAAAUCAACUGCUUUUCAUUUCCAAUUAGGCAAGUUGUUGUGUUCACUGUUGUCUUUCUAUGAAUGGAAUUUCAUUUGGAAUAAAAAUUCAGUUUCACUGA